AUGUCUCCGAUCAUCCUCUCUAAACCAGAACCGGGCGAAGACCUUGACCUCUACCUGGCAGCCUCUGACCGAGCUGUGAGCGCUGCGCUAUGCCGCACUGAUUCCGAUGGUGUACAACGACCAGUAUAUUAUGUCAGCCACGCCUUUCAAGGACCGGAGCUCAGAUACUCCCGCCUCGAAAAGAUGGUACUCGCCCUCUACACGACUGCAAAGAAACUCACCCCCUAUUUUCAAGGCCGAGUCAUCCGAGUGCUAACUGACCAACCGAUCGGAUCCGUCCUUCGCACGGCUUCCUCCUCCGGCCGCCUUGUAAUAUGGGCUAUGAUGUUAACACAGUUUGCCAUUGAGUACAAACCUCGCCCGGCUAUCAAAGGACAGGCGCUAGCGGACUUCGUCGUCGAAUUCGCCACCGACGGAUCAAGCAGUCGGAAAGGCUCCGGAGGAGGUGUGGUCAUCACAAGUCCCGAAGGAUUCAAAGUCUACUACGCUCUGAUCUACCAGUUCUCUCCCACAAACAACGAGGUGGAGUAUGAGGCCUUUGUCGCAGGGUUACAGUUUGCAAGGGACCUCGGAGCAGAAAGUGUAAGGGCUCGAACGGACUCGUCACUGGUAGUCGGGCAAGUCUUGGGAGACUUUGAAGUCAAUGGCGAACGACUAGGGCGCUACCGAGACCUAGUAAUCGAACGUCUAACCGCUUUCAGGACAUAUGCAGUCCAACACGUUCCCCGGCUGGACAACGCCGAUGCUGAUAUCCUCUCGAAGUUGAGCGUGGAAGCACCCGAGCACAUCUCUCAGGUAGCCCGGGUCCUCGUCAUACCGUACCCUUCCAUCGACCAUCGACAGAUCCUACCGAUCCAACCGGCCAAAGAGAAUUGGAUAACCGAUAUAAUGGGAUACUUAGAAGACGGUCGACUCCCGGAUGAUGAGGCGAGAGCCCGAAAAGCUAAGCUCCGAGCGCCAAGGUUCCAGAUACAGGAAGGCCGGCUGUAUAGACGGUCGUACGGGGGCCCGCUUAUGAGAUGUCUAUCCGCCUUUGAAGCCAAGCUAGUCAUGGACGAGUUGCAUGCAGGAAUAUGCUCAUCGCACCAGGGCGGGCGAUCGUUAGCUCGGCGGAUAAUGUUGCUUGGAUACUACUGGCCGUCGAUACAGCUUGACUGCGAGAAGCUCACCAAAGAGUUCGGGGUACCGGUGCAGAUUGUUACAGAUAAUGGGAGACAGUUCGAGGGCCAAUACUUCAAAAACUUCCUAGCGACGAUCGGCACAAAAUCCAUCCAGUCGUCCGUAGCAUACCCCCAAGGAAAUGGCCAAGUGGAAAAUGCUAAUCGGACGAUCUUGGAGGGUCUAAAGAAAAAACUCCACUCAGCCAGCCGGUCAUGGGCGGACGAGCUCCCGUUUGUCCUGUGGACAUACCGCACUACCCCGAGAGAGGCGACCGGCGAAACGCCCUUCGCUCUAGUCUAUGGAGCCGAAGCACGUCUACCGGUCGAAGCAUGGAUUACGAGCCCGAGGGAGAGUGAAUACGUCGAAGAAGAAAACGAGGCAGCCCGAUCCUUAGAUCUGGACUGCAUCGAAGAAAGAAGAGACUUAGCAGCCCGGAGAAUUGCCGACUACCAAAAACGGAUCAAAGCGACCCGGGACGUCCGGGUACGACCGCGCUACUUCCAAGUCGGGGACUACGUACUGAGAAGACGUGAAGCCAGCCAACCUCAAGAAGGAGGGAAAUUGGCACAGAACUGGGAAGGCCCGUAUGUGGUGUCAGCAGUAAUACGCCCGGGUACCUACAAGCUCGAAACGACAACCGGCAGACCGGUUGACCGGACGUGGAACUCAGAGAAUUUGGUGAUGUUCCGUCAGUAG